GAUUGAGUUUAUUAUUAUUCAGUCUGUGGGUAGGCAGGCAAGCUUUGUGCAGUUGAAUAUUGGACACAAAAUAGUGGAGCAGUGUAGCUUCCUGGUACAUAAACCACCAAAGUGCUAGAGUGUCGAGAAUGGCCAAUAGUAAACCAACAGAGAACGAAGAGACGGAUGAGAGGGAGGAGGAACUGAGUGAAGCUCAGAUCAAUGAGUUGAAGAUUGCCUUUGAGGUGUUUGAUAAGGAUGGCAAUGGAUUUAUCUCCUCGAAAGAGCUGGGUGCUGUUAUGAGGUCACUCGGCCAAAAUCCAACGGAUACUGAGCUGCAUGCAAUGAUCAACGAGGCCGAUAUAAAUGGGGACGGUCUGGUGAACUUUGAGGAUUUUAUGUUACUGAUGACGCAACGUCUGAAGGUCUUGGACAGGGACGAAGGAAUAAGGGAAGCAUUCCGAGCCUUUGAUAAGGAGGAUAAAGGCUCCUUCGAUGUAGCUGAGCUUCGGUAUGUACUGAGUAACAUCCAAGAAUUCAUCGACAUCCCCAAACACGAGGUGGAAGAGAUCUGCAAGGAAGCUGACAUCACCGGGUCUGGAACGCUCAAUUUCGAAGAAUUCGCCUUGUUGUUCGAGACGUAAAGUGCGACACAAAGCUUUCUCCGUCAAGUGAUAUUUCUUAUAUGAAAUAAGGACAAUUAAGGUCAUAAAACAUAUGCUCGGUUAAAAAAAACCAGCAGAUUCAGAGUGAAAAUCACUGAAGGAUUGAGGUACUUUGAAAAAGAUUAUAUUUAGUAAACGUAAAUGGAAAAUGUUCAAUUGGAUUAACUUCACUCUAAACCGUUAUUCACACAAUAAAAAGGCGCUAAACAAAGAAUGAAACGAGGAAGGAAGACAAGAAAAGAGUUCGCUGAAGUUAUGUGACAGAUUUUUGUUAUAUAUACGUUUGCCUUAAAUAUGAUAACCACUUCACCAAAUAGUGAAUUUUGGAGAGAAAAAAAGUUUACUGCUGGUGUGUUUACCGCAGGUGCAUUGCUAUGAAGAUGGAUUGAUUUCAUUUCAGCUUUUUAAGCGUGCAUCAUGUGGUAUUACUCUUUAUUUUACCUUACAGAAACUUCACUCUAUUCGAGUGAGAAUUCGAUCUGACUGACUAAAAUCGGUGACCGAACGAACUGCUUAUAUUGAAAUUAAUGUAAUCUAGAAGAUUGAGUUGUCAUUUGAGUUCUACUGGAUCUUACUUUCAAUCAUUCGAAAUUGUCCUGUAUUUGGGGUAAAAUGUGGAUGUGGUUCAAGCGUGUGAAUAUUGUUUUUGUGAUAAGGAGUUGCAGAAUU